AUGGAACUGAACUCGGAACUACACUGGUCUAAUUAUAUUCAUCUCGUGGUCGAAAAGGUGACGAGUAGAUUUAACUUGCUGAAAAGAAUAGCUGGGGUAAAAUGGGGAGCUUCCCAGAGCGUUCUUAUCUCCACCUUUAAUGCAUUCAUUAAACCAGUUUUCAAUUACGGUGCUGAACUCCUUAUCACCACUUCUGAUAGUGCUCUAGAUAAACUGGACGUUGCACAAAACAAGGCAUUAAGACUCAUUACUGGUGCAGCAAAAUCAACCCCUAUUGCUGCUAUGGAACUGCAAACUGCGACUUAUUGUUUGUCAGAUAGACGAACCUACAGUGCUUUAUCCCUAGGCGAGAGAUUGCUCAGAAAAGAGGGUUUUGGGAACAGCUACAUCCCUCUUCAGAUUAGACUCAAAACACAACAUCAUUUCUUAUUUGAGUUUCACCGACUUGCUACAGACCUCGAUGCCUCGAGCAUCAGACAGCCCAAUUUUAGACCGUCUAUUUUCCCGGGUACUUUAAAUUACUCUACUGCUAAUUUGGACUUGGUGCAGCCUCUACGGAAACAUUCUUCCUCACAGGCUGAGUUAAGGGCUUCUGCCCUGGCUACUAUUCAUGAAAGGUAUCUAUUUCAAGAUUGGCUUCACGUUUAUACAGAUGGAUCUGCCACAGCCUCUACAGGUAGGGCUGGUGCUGGCGCUUUUUCCAAAUUUUUCAGCCUGAAGGAAUCUCUUACUGCCUGGUCAGAUAAUUUUUGA